AUGGAGGGCCUCGGCCGCUUCUCCCCACGGCCCUUCACGGACCUCUGGGAGCCCCCGCCGCCCGACCGGGAGCGCGCGUCCUCGGCGCGGCUGGGCGGGCCUGGGCUCGGGUCCGAGCCGGCCCUGUGCGCCUGGGCCCGGGCCCCGGCCGCGGGGAGCGAGGCGGUGUCGCCCUGGCAGGCGCUGCCACUGCGAUAUUCGCCCACGCCGCGGCCUCGGAGGCGCGGCUACCUAGAGUCGCCAGGGGAAAGCUGCAGCCUGACCGACGUGGCCCGGAGGCCCCCAGACCGCGCCAGGAAGCAACGGCCCCGCAGCCGGCGCCUGGAAAAUGCGUGGGGGGAGGCAGGGACCAAGCCCCAGCGGCUGGAAGGCGGCGGGCACAAUCUGAUCCGGCAGCCUCAGCCCUGGCAGCACUACCCUCUGGCCCAGGGAGACUCGCCGCCGCCGAGCCUUCGGGGAGCUUACACUCCCUCGAACGGAACUGUUGGAGUAGAAAAGGUACCGAAUGGAAGCCAGUGGGCAGUGCCCGUCCGUCGAGGUCCAGGUGGCUGGUCCCUUUCCUCAAUUCCCAUGGAGAAGUCUUCUGUGCUUUCCAAAGUGAGUACACGGUCAGCCUGUGUGUACCCUCAGGAUGGAGACAGUAAUGAGCUGAUGGAGUCAUUAGGCAGCCAGCCCUCCCAGCUGGAGGGGAGUUCAGAGCCUGUGUCCAGCCAGGAGCUUCAGAGCCUGCACACCCAGCUGCUCAAGAACAAGCUGGCAGAGGUGGUGAUCUCCUCCAGGGACCAGAAGAUUGUAGCCCUGGUGCUGGCCCGGCUCCAGAAGGCCCAGAAGAUGCGGGAGCUGCAGCAGCAGGCAGUUGUCGCCUGGGAGGAGCUGAAGCGCUCGGACCAGAAGGUCCAGAUGACCCUGGAGAGGGAGCGCCGGCUGCUGCUGCAGCGGAGCCAGAAUCAGUGGCAGCAGGAGAAGGAGCAGCCCAAGGCUCAUCAGUGCCAGGAGCAGCAUGUCCAGAGGGACAGCCAGGUGAAGAGCAGGAUCCAGAAGGAGAGCCUGUGCAAGAGGCAGUUGGAGAGCCAGGAGAACCAGUGCCAGGGGAAACUGGAGAGGACUCACGCCCAGGCUGAACGCAGGAAGCAAUGCCAGGUGCAGCAGCUGAAGGAGCAGGAGAAGCUGCGGGAGCAGAACAGCCUGCAGCUGCAGAAGAGGCUGGAGCAGGAUUGUCGCAAGAGGCACCUGCACGCCAUGGAGGACCCAAAGAAGGCCCAGGAGACCGACCUUACCUCCAUGAUAAAUUACCAGGCCCGCAAGGUCCUCAUGGAAUGCCAGGCCAAGGCCGAGGAGCUCCUCAGGAAACUGUCACUGGAGCAGAGGUCCCAACAGUUCCACGAGACCCACCAGUGCCUGGUUAAGGAGCGUCACCGAGAGCUGAGGGAGAAGGCCCAGAAGGAGGAUGAGCAGCUCCAGCAGGUCAGAUGGCAUGCCGGAGAUUCAGAAGAGCAGAGGAAGAUGCAUAAGACAAUGCUGAUGGAGCUGGCUGACCGAAAGAUCCAGCAGGCCAGGACUAAUGCCCACAAGAACAUCAAAGACAAGAAGCACAUUCGGGAUCUCAGUGGUCUUCGGGAGAAGAAUCACCACAUCCUGAAGCUGAAAGCCGAGAAGGAGGAGAAUUGCCACAUCGAGGGCAUCAAGGAGGCCAUUAAGAAAAAGCAGCAGAGGAUGGAACAGAUCUCCCGGGAGAAAGCGGCAGCCCUCGAGGAGUUCCAGAAGAUCUCCAGGGCCUCUUCACAAAUGAGAGACAAAGUGAGAGCCCUUCACAACAGCUCCUUUGAUCAGAUGGCAUGGGAGGCCUAGCUCUGUGCCAGUCAGCAGAGAGGGAGCUACUGAGGGCCCAAGAACAAGCCCAUGUGG